AAAAUGCUGCUUUGGAUUCUGUUGCUGGAGACGUCUCUUUGUUUUGCUGCUGGAAACGUUACAGGGGACGUUUGCAAAGAGAAGAUCUGUGCCUGCAACGAGAUAGAAGGGGAUUUGCACGUAGACUGUGAGAAAAAGGGAUUUACCAGCCUGCAACAUUUCACCGCCCCAACUUCCCAAUUUUACCAUUUAUUCCUGCAUGGCAAUUCCCUGACUCGACUUUUCCCUAAUGAGUUUGCUAACUUUUACAAUGCGGUCAGUUUGCACAUGGAAAACAACGGUUUGCAUGAGAUUGUUCCUGGGGCUUUCCUUGGGCUGCAGCUGGUGAAACGCUUGCACAUAAACAACAACAAGAUCAAAUCGUUCAGGAAGCAGACUUUCCUGGGGCUGGACGAUCUGGAAUACCUCCAGGCAGAUUUUAAUCUGUUGCGGGAUAUUGACCCAGGAGCAUUUAGGGACUUAAACAAGCUAGAGGUUCUGAUUUUAAAUGACAAUCUCAUCAGCACCUUGCCCCCCAACGUGUUUCAGUAUGUGCCGAUCACCCACCUCGACCUCCGGGGAAACCGUCUUAAAACCUUGCCUUACGAGGAGGUCCUGGAGCAGAUCCCAGGCAUUGCUGAAAUCCUGCUAGAGGAUAACCCCUGGGACUGCACUUGCGAUCUGCUGUCGUUGAAAGAAUGGCUGGAAAACAUACCUAAAAACGCUUUGAUCGGCAGAGUGAUUUGUGAAGCUCCCACUAGGUUGCAGGGCAAAGAUUUAAAUGAGACCACAGAGCAGGAGCUGUGUAAAAAGAACAGAGUAGAUUCCAGCCUAGCUGCUCCCCCUGCCGAAGAAGAAACCUGCGAUCCUGGUCCCAUUCCAACCCCCUUUAAAAUACAUGGCAAAGAAGACCCUGCCACGCCAGGAUCUGCUCCAAACGGAGGUACAAAGAUUCCUGUCAACUGGCAAAUCAAGACCAAACCCACUGCUGCUGUGUCGACAGUGAGUGCAAAGAGCAAGCUACCGGCUACCUUUUCCUGCCCGCACAUCUGCAGCUGUGAUCAGAUCCCUGGCUCGGGUUUAAAGGUUAAUUGCAAUGAUAGGAAUGUGAGCAGCUUGGUGGAUUUGAAGCCCAAGCCAUCCAAUGUGCAGGAGCUGUUUCUGAGAGACAACAAAAUACACACCAUCAGGAAAUCCCACUUUCUGGAUUACCGAAAACUUAAUUUACUCGAUCUGGGUAACAACAACAUUGCCACCGUUGAGAACAACACCUUCAAGAACCUCUUUGAUCUCCGAUGGCUCUACAUGGAUAGCAACUACUUAGACACCCUGUCCCGGGAGAAAUUCGCUGGGCUGCAAAACCUGGAGUAUCUGAACGUGGAGUUUAAUGGGAUCCAGAUGAUCAUGCCUGGCACCUUCAAUGCGAUGCCCAAACUAAGAGUCCUCAUCCUCAACAACAAUCUGCUGAGGUCUCUCCCAGUAGAUGUGUUUGCCGGGGUCUCUCUUUCCAAGCUAAGCAUACACAACAAUUAUUUCAUGUACCUCCCAGUGGCGGGGGUGCUGGACCAGCUCACCUCCAUCACCCAGAUCGACCUGCACGGCAACCCAUGGGACUGUACUUGCCCUAUCGUGCCUUUCAAACAGUGGGCAGAGAUGCUGCGCCCCAAGGUGAUUAUGAGUGACCUGAGGUGUGAGUCCCCUGAAGAUUUCUUCAAGGAGGAUUUUGAGUCUCUCUCCAAUGAUGUGAUUUGCCCUCAGUUAAAAAUCUCGCCUACAUUAACUUCUACUAACAAAAACAGCACCGGGCUGACAGAGACAGGUACUCACUCCAAUUCCUACUUGGAGACCAGCCGGGUCUCUAUUUCGGUGCUAGUGCCAGGGCUUCUGCUGGUUUUUGUGACCUCUGCCUUCACAGUGGUUGGUAUGCUGGUUUUCAUCCUGAGGAAUAGAAAGCGGUCCAAGAGGAGGGACGCCAAUUCCUCUGCAUCUGAAAUCAACUCCUUGCAGACGGUCUGCGACUCGUCCUACUGGCACAACGGGCCCUACAGCGCCGACGGGGCCCACAGGGUGUACGACUGCGGCUCCCACUCCCUGUCGGACUGAGGCGGCGGGCGGGGCGGGGGCGGCCGCCACCCGGGACCGGCCCUUCACGCACCGGCCGGGGGCAGCUCUGCACCUCCGCUGCUACCUUUUGUGAGAAGCGAAACACACAGACACACGCACGCCCUUCCUCACGACCCCCAUAGCGAGCGCCGAGGCCCAGCGGGCGGCGAGGGGAGCCCGGCGCCGGAGCGCAUCCCUGCAGCGCCGCGCAGCCUGGCGCGGUGCGCGCAUCCCCCGCCCGUGCGCGGCCGGGGCAGUGACAGACAGACGAGGAACAGCUUCCUUCUGCUCCGGCAGGGCGAAACACGGCUCCUGGUUUUGUUGGGCUUUUGUUCAAUUGUGCCGGGGUUUGAUUUGCUUUUUUGCCCUCUUCCCUUGUGGACCGACCCCUUUCCAGGAGGCCGGGAAAACAGCGGGGGGGCAGAGGACUGGUAUUGGCCUCCUCCUGACAGCAAAGCAGGAGUGGAAAGUUGCACGAAGGCAUGAAUGUAAUGUAAAUAAAUGACUCCGAAACAAACAGACAAAUGGACAAAGAAAAAAAAAAAAAAAGAAAAAAAAAAAAAGUGCUGCAUGGCUCGCAUGGAUACAACGCACCCCAGGGACGCUCCAGCCCCCGACUGGAAGCAGCGUCUAGUUCACACCAUCAUCCAUCCCUCUUACCUGAUAAGUCCCUUCGUAUCAAACCUUCUAUAUACGAAAUACAGUAUAAUAAUAAAAAAGUGCCAUUUCGCCAGUUUUUUUUUUUUUUUUUUUUUUUUGUGUGUGAUCAAUAGGCAGUAGAGAUCGUACUUUUACCGUGGAAAAAAAAAAUUGUAAAGAUUUUAUUUAAGACAUAGUUGCAUGAAUAUUCUCAUUGGAUUUUUUUUUUUAAUUUUUAUUUUUCUGUCUAUGUGGGAAUUACUUUGCUGGGAGAGAUUUUCUUUGUUGAUAAUGGGUUGUGUUUCAUUUUUGGGGGGAGGUGGGGAGGGUAGGCUUUGGUUUUGUUUUCUCUCUUCUUUUUCAAUAUACAUAAUCAGUAUUGCCUUUCCAUCUGAAUGUAAAAAUUAGUACCCUUGAUUUCUAUUAUGGUAACAGUGUAAACAUACAAAAAAAAAAAAAAAAAAAAAAAAAAUCCAAGGCAGUUAAGCAUGACCAAUUAAUGUCACUCUAGCGCUUAGGCUGCAAAGUUUAAUGGUAGAAAAUUCUGUGCUGUUAUAAAUCUUACUAUAAUUUGAGGAAAACAGAACUGAGGAAGCAAGUGAAACUUACUAAUUCUAUUCGAGGAUUUUAUAAUGGCAUAUUUUUUCAGUAUUAAAGUGAAAAUGUUUUCAACUCCGGGUCCUUACCAUUUUUCCAGCAUCCAAUUCUUGCAAACGGGUUACUUGGGUUUAGGGGACAGAGCUUCCUUUCAGUGCUCAGUGUGUGUUUCCCUCCCUCCCUCCCUCCCUCCCUUUCUUUCUCUCCCUUCCUCUUUCUCAUUCAUUCACAAGCAGAGACACAAAUACUCUUCCUUUCCCCCUUUCCCAAUGUAAAUAACGCACAGAAGUUUCCUGCCUGCCUCCUCCCCUCUCCCUCCCUUCCCUCGCGCUUUUUAUUUUUUUUUUUUUUUUUUUUUUUUUUUUUUUUUUUUUUUCCAGCGAGGCGGUGAAUCCCUUUAUUAAUAUUGUGAAUCUCAUGCUGCUGCCGCUGCUGUCACCGCCUCUGCUGCACACACUGCAGAUAUAUUAGGGAUGUUAGUGGGAAUUUGCUUUAAGUGCAUCUGCCCAGCUUGUUCUCAUUAAGCUGGAGCCGAAUUUCCGCGGCCAGAAUUCCCGCCCCGGAGCAGCUUGCCCGGUGGGGCAGCUGCGGGCAGCCGGGCUCCAGCAGCUGCCGCCUCUGGGAAAAAUGAAUUACCGCGCAGAGAUUUUCCCGUUCCUGCACUGGAUACCUCCACCCUUUGAUAUUAAAAGCUGAAAAAAACACGGCGCAGUGCUGCAGUUGGACUUCAGGCAGCUCGCCUUUGAUCCCGUUCCUGUACGGGAAAGUGCCCCUAAACUCAGUCAAACCUGUAAAAGGUGAAAGUCUCUGCAAAUCACUUGUAACUCUCAGCUCAAGUCCCAGUGGAGAUAUGGAGAAUUUCAGUCACGUUGCUCCUGGCUUUCUCCAGGCAGACAAUCCUUUUAAAGAAUAAAACACCGUAAGGGACUUGCUAAACUUCAAAUACUGAUUUGGUUUGCUUUAUAGGAAAUGCCCACCUUUGGGAUCUGUGAGGAGGAAAUAGACAUACACACACAUUGCAAUAGGUACGCACUUGAAAGAGAGGCAGAAGCCUGAUUCCAGGUAUCCAUGAAGAAUUAAACAUGGGGAAUAUAUCAUUCCUCAAAAAUCCUUUAUCACGGUGGAAAAAUCUGCAGUCUCCUAGAAAAUACCUUGAAGGUUGGUUGUGCAGCUCUGAAAAUGGCAUGGCCUGCUUAACGAUACAAACCAUUCCUAUUUCAAGGUCCCCUCUUUAUUCCACCUUGCUGCUUCGUUAGACAGAUUGUUCUGCCAGGACACUGUGUAAGACAAAGUGAUGGCAGCAGAGGCACUA